AUGAAGUUGAAUCGCUAUCUUUGUGUGACACUCGCUACGAGAUGCAUGGGAGGGAUCAUUGCGCCUAGGAAAACGACAUUAAGCGCCGACGCGCAAGAUUUGUUCGAUUGGUCUAUGCAUGUACAAGAUCGCCGCUAUGACAGUUCGUAUAAUUUUAUUGCAUAUCCAGACAAAGGUGGCUGGUCUGUUCGAUUCACCGCAUGGUAUCUCGUGGGCCUGCUACACCGCAACAAGGGCGAUGAUCUUCAAAAAGCCAAGGCUGCGAUUAGAAACAUUAUCGCUUGUCAGAUGACUAAUGACUUCGCUGCGCCGUGGUAUGGAACCUACAAACUAUCUCCAGACCAGCCAGAUCCGACGCCAAACUCCACGAUGUAUCCCCCUGAAAUAUAUACGACAUACGAUCCCAAUUGGAGAGAGUUCAUCGGAACUCAGCUGGUUCAGGUAAUCGAAGAAUUCGGCCACCUUAUCGGAAGCGAGCUAGUCGAAAAGAUCGAGGACUCUCUCGAGAUUGCCGCUAUCGGGGGUAUGCGCCGUAACGGCACAUUCCCUGAAGGUGAUAACCUGGGUAUCUAUUACAGCAAUCCCGCUAUCAUGCGUGCGUUGGUGGUUGGCUGGAUUGGCGCUCGCCGUAACAAUACUAAGCUCCUCGACUUCGCAAAUGAUCAAGGAACACGUCUCCUCAAACUCUUCCAGCUGAAUGGAGCUAACACUCUCUCUGAAUACAACUCUCCGGGCUACUACGGGAUCGAUACUUGGGCGCUUGGCGCCCACCUAAAAUAUGGUCCGAAAGAUCAAACAAUGGUUUCAUCAGCAAGGAUCAUUCUCCGAGAAAUGUGGACCGACUUAGCGGAUCAUUACAACGGCUAUUUAGGAAACAUGGUUGGGCCAUACGACCGCGCCUAUACACGAGAUAUGACUCAACAUUCAACCGCACUAGUCAAUUUCUUCUGGGGUCUCUUUGGUAAUACAGCAGCUCCGCUACCCUACAAGCUCGAGAGCGACUUGGUCUUUGAUAUCGCUCAAGGUGCUGCUGUUGCGCUCAUCGUCGAGGAAGUGAAGUCGGCUAUCCCAACCCACGUCCAAGACACACUUCGACUUCGUGGCUCUUUCCAAGGACCAGCACGCUCCAUUAACAAGACCAUAUACGACGACCUAGAAGGCAAGCAUUCGCGAGUCGCGACCUCAUGGAUCAGUCGCGAGCUGAUGAUUGGCGGACAAUCGGUAAACGAGACAGUCAAUCGCGGCGACCAAUUCGUACCUGCAAUCGUACACUGGGCUGGUGAUAAGGCUCACGAGCCCUUUCCACUUAACACAUUUUUCAGCCUGUAUCCGAGCGCAAGCUCUAUUCACGCUAUUGCAACGCCCAAUCAUCUGAGUAUCAGCUAUCCAAACCGCACACAAGCCGGGGCCGACAUCUUUACAUUUGCGCUAUCGAACGUACCUCCGAGUUGGACUUUAUCGGGGAAUAAGGUUACUGGAUUGGACGAUGCAUUGCCAUGUGUUAAGAUCGAGGUAGAUGCGCCAGGGUUGGAGCUUCAGCCUGUGGUGUACGGGAGUUCAUUGCGGAACCACGUUUUCUAUAACAUCUCGUAUGUAGUGCCAGAAGAUUUCGAAGGCGUGCCAAAGGUUGACUUGGCCAUCACGUACACCUGUUGA